UGCUCCUAUGCUAAAUCCAUCACCAGGGUCUGUUGCAACUUGCAGAGGAGGAACGAGGACAGAGGGGAUGGAGGGAUUAGCGAUCAGAGGAGCCAUAGCUGUCGUGCUCUCCUUGUUGGUAGCUAUCAGGGCGUUCAAGCAUGGGUCCUUAAGCAAAUCAGGCGCGUUCAUGGGGUUUCUCGUGUUGUCGAUCCACAUAGCGGCGAGUUACAGAUUUGGGGCAAUUAUACUGGUGUUCUUCUUCAUUUCUUCCAAGUUGACGAAGAUGGGAGGGCUGAUGACUCAUUCAAAGUGGGAGGGCAGAGUAAUUGGUUUAGACCAGGGGAUAAGGUGAAAGAAGAUUUCAUGGAUGGUUUCUGAAUCCGCCCAGUGACCACAUGGUGAUAUCCUUAGUGGGGAAAGAAAGGCAUCGGAUAAAGGCCCAAUACGCCUUAUAUUUCUGUAUGAAGAUCUUCAUUGUGUGAUAUCCUUUCUGUAUGAUCUCAAAAGGAGUAUGUUAAAGCCUGAAUCAGACUUCUGAAAAUUUGCUCUGUCCAUCAUCUUAUAUUGAAUGAUAACAAGGGCCAGUGGUUAAGGAAUUCAACUAUCCUGGUCUUUCUGGCACGGCAGAUGUUCCUGCAUUGUCAAUCAACCACAAUAUUUAUGCCAUUGUAUUUAUUUGGAUUUACAAAUCCUUUUUUGUGGUUUGCAUAUAUUGUGUAAUGUUCUUUUUCAGU